UUUUAAGUACGUUUAAGUUAUUUGCAAGAGAACGUGGCACACUCCGAAAAGCACUUAAUUUCGCGACAAAACCCUGAAUUUGGUGAUGGAGCUGUUCUCCUCUCUUGCGCAGUCUUCAACCUUCUUCACUCCAUUUCGCGUCCACUCUUCCAACCCUUUUUUCACCAUAACACCAUCUCGAUCCUCCUCAUUCAUCCCUCUUCGUAAAUUCAUCACAACCCGAAUGGAGGCCCUAGCUAACACCGACAAUGCAAAGCCCAAAGAAGCUAAACUCUGGGGUGGAAGGUUUGAAGAAGGCGUUACUGACGUCGUUGAACGAUUCACGGAAUCCGUUUCUUUUGAUAAACAGUUAUACAAACAUGACAUUAUGGGUAGCAUAGCUCAUGCAUCCAUGCUCGCUCAUCAGGGUUUGAUCACAACAAGUGAUAGGGACUCAAUUAUUGAAGGUUUGAGAGAGAUUGAGAAGCGAAUUGAGAAUGGGGAGUUUAAUUGGAGAGCUGAUAGAGAGGAUGUGCAUAUGAACAUUGAAGCUGCACUUACUGAUAUGAUUGGUGAACCUGCUAAGAAGCUACACACAUCUCGUAGUAGAAAUGAUCAAGUUGUUACUGAUUUACGCCUCUGGUGUCGUGAUGCCAUUGAUAGGAUUGUGGCUAGUAUGAAACAGCUUCAGGUUUCGCUUCUUAAGCUGGCUUUAAAUAAUCAGGGUCUCAUUGUUCCUGGUUAUACUCAUUUGCAGCGUGCACAACCUGUUUUACUACAACACCUUUUGCUUGCUUAUGUCGAGGAGAUUGAGCGUGAUGCUGGUCGUUUGAUUGAUUGUAGAACUAGGAUGAAUUUUUGUCCUUUAGGGGCUUGUGCAUUGGCGGGUACAGGGCUCCCCAUUGAUCGAUUCAUGACAUCAGAUGCAUUGGGAUUUACAGCUCCCUUGAGGAAUAGUAUCGAUGCAGUUUCUGAUCGAGAUUUUCUACUGGAGUUUCUCUCUGCUAAUGCCAUCACAGCAGUGCACCUUUCUCGACUUGGUGAAGAAUGGGUAUUGUGGGCUUCAGAGGAAUUUGGAUUUAUCACCCCAAGCGAUUCUGUUUCAACAGGAAGCAGUAUAAUGCCUCAGAAAAAGAAUCCAGAUCCAAUGGAACUUGUUCGUGGUAAGUCUGCCAGAGUCAUAGGUGGUUUGAUGACUCUUCUCACAUUGUGCAAAGGACUUCCCCAAGCUUACAAUCGCGAUUUGCAGGAGGACAAAGAACCAGUGUUCGACAGUGUUAAAACUAUUCUGGGGAUGCUUGAGGUCUCAACAGAGUUUGCAAUGAACAUUACUUUCAAUCGGGAGAGAAUACAGAAGGCUUUACCCGCUGGUUAUCUCGAUGCAACAACACUUGCUGACUAUCUUGUUAAGAAGGGAGUGCCGUUUAGAACAUCUCAUGAUAUAGCUGGAAAAUCCGUUGCCUUGUGCACAUCGAAGAAAUGCCAACUGCCGGACUUGAGUCUCGAUGAGCUGAGAAGUAUAAAUCCAGUAUUUGACAAGGAUGUGUAUGAAUUUCUUGGGGUAGAAAAUGCAAUCCAGAAAUUUAUUUCUUAUGGUUCAACCGGGUCUGCUUGUGUUGCCGAACAACUCGAUUAUUGGAUAAAAAAGCUUGAAAUUAAGUGAAAGAUUAUCCUUGAUGCCAUGAAAUUCUCAUCAUGUGAGUGAAGCUGUUUCUUAGGACUUAGAAUAAUACACCUUUGCCUACCAAAUAUCCUGCUGCAUAUUUAUUUGAAUAGGUUAAGUUUACUGAAUAUUUGUCAUUGUAUGAAAUUUAGUCAGGCUUAUCAACCGUAAAAACAAGUCAAGGUUACUGAAUGGGUAGUUUCAGAAUCUCAAGAAGCAUGCAUGCCUUGGAAUCCUGAGCUUCUUGCGUCAUACAUUACCCCUGUUGUUGGACAGUAAUUUCUUAAUGAAAUAAAGUAUGUUUUGGUUGCAAUG